UUUUGUUACAGAUUUAAAAGUCUACAACGAAAAGAAAAUAUUUUACUGAAGCUAAUCUUGGUGUACGUUAUACAUAAGCAACAACUAAUCGUUGCGUUUAGAAGAUAAAUUAUACAAUUGACUGUAAGCUAACUUCACUUGUUAUUCGGGCCAAGAAUGCGUAGUAGUACGGUGCAGAACGUUCCUGUAGCCACUGUGAACUGGUUGCAGAGACAGCGGCAUUUAGCCGCCCAGUGCUGAUGACUAUGGCCGAGGCUGCUGUCCAAAAGAAUUCUAGCACACAUGAUAACGCGGUUCACGCAAAGAAUCACGCUUACGUAUCAGCCCUGGUGGGCCGUUCCGGUGGAAAGCAGCGUAAACGCAAACGCCUGUCACAAGUACUAGAUAAAUUGACUACCGGUAUUAAUAUUAGCGCCAAUAUUGACGCUCCGUCACCACCUGCAUCUAACGUUGGAACUGUUACAAUCAAUAACAACCUUCACCAGCACGUCAAUAACAAUAUUAAGGACGAAGUGAGUAGAAAUGCGUUGAAAAAUAGUGCGAACCAUAAGAAUUAUCAUCUUAUGUCGAACGACGUCUUUCGCUUCGACAACAGCGGCGAGAAGGAAAGGUAUCAGGCAAGUCCUAGUGAAGACGAGGACGUGUUUAGCCCGACUGGUUCGAGUAAUAAAUCGCCACACAGUUCUAGUGAUUCUCCGCGCAUUUCGUUCAGUCCGUUGCGAUUAAAGGAGGACGAUGCUAGUUGUAGUCCUCCAUUGCCCAGACCCGCAUGUCCGUGUUACCAUUGCGUAACUGGAGUUGGUCACCAUCCGCCUUCAUUUCAUCCCUACGAUAGAUUUUUCCCAGCGUCACCUGUUUCGCCUCUCACGCCCGCAUCACCUGCACCUCCUACAUACAGUUUUGAACGUUACCUCCAUUCAAAGUACCUGCCAGAUAUCUUCCGACGAAGAAGUCAUUCGGAUUCCGAUUUGCCCUUAUGGUUUGAAGCAGCGAAGGCAGAAAGGCCAAGACCGCAUCAGGGAUGGACACAUCAUUAUCCUUUAAGUCUGACUACUGGAAGAGGUUCGCUAGAGUCUGAAGUGCCAUCACCACAAGACUCUCCACUAGAUUUAUCGCUUAAGGGCAAAGACAGGAUCGGUAGUAUGGAAUGUUUGGUUCCUCCUCCGCCUCUGCAGCUAUUGCCGUCAGGUUUCUUGCCUCCAAGAGGUGCAGUUUCAGUUCCUGUAGUUAAGGGCGACGUCGCGUCCCCGACGACGAAAGAAUCGGUCGCGUCGCGGUAUAAUCUCGAAGUGUCACCGGUGGUUGAAGAGAUGCCUCCCGGUUCGGACGUAGCAUACGUGUGUCCCGUGUGUGGUCAGAUGUUCAGUUUACACGAUCGAUUAGCUAAGCACAUGGCAUCGCGUCACAAAAGUAGGCAAAGUGCUGGCGAGAACGCGUCAGCGAAAGCGUACCUCUGCGAGGUAUGUAAGCGGUCGUUUGCGCGUAGCGAUAUGCUCACGCGGCAUAUGCGUUUACACACGGGAGUUAAACCGUACACGUGCCGCGUUUGCGGUCAAGUAUUUUCCAGGAGUGAUCAUCUGUCAACACACCAGAGGACUCACACUGGAGAAAAACCGUACAAAUGUCCACAGUGUCCUUACGCAGCGUGUCGCAGGGAUAUGAUAACACGUCAUAUGCGAACGCAUGCGCGUUACGAGCCCGAGGCGAAUGUUGCCGUUAAACCCGAGCCUCACUGAAGUAUGUAGUAUAUGCUCUCCAGUUACAUAUGUAUAAUCUCGAAUGAUAUCAUGAUAUCGUUUUAUUGUUAGUAAGUUAAGUAAGCGAAAUGAUGGAGUGAAAGGUUUAAGUAUGAAAAAGUAGAAUAGUGUCUCAAACUCUAUUCUGUCAAAUAUUGUAGACAAUACAGCCAAAAAAAAUUUUUUAAUAAAUUAUAUUGAAUUGAAAAAGCAUGGAGCCAGUGAAUUGAGAUGAAACGUUUUAUGUUUAUGUCCUUGCAUCAUCUAAUUCAUAAUUUUCUCAAAACCUGGAGUACUAGAGGCAGCAUCCUAAUACUACAGUAGGAAAUAAGAGGAGUGCCGCUACGUUUCUCUUUCUAACAUUAUCUGAGUGGCUUUCUCUUUCCCAGUGGCACUCUCUACCUCUUCACAUUGUCGUUAGAAAGAGAAAGGAUGUAGCGGCAUUCAUCCAACCAGACCUAACCUAACCUAAUUGGACAAUUAUUACGCGAAACAGAAUUUUAUUAAUACCAUCCCUUUAGUGUUGCAAAUUGGAUGAUCCCACAUUAAUAUCUGUAAAUUGGUCUGAUAUUUCAAUUCAAAAAAUUUUACUAGUCUUUGCUACAAAAGAAGUACAGUCCAUUUCAAUUUGUUGGAAUUGUGACCUUAAAGAAAUCUGCGCGAAGAUAGAAAGAAUACACACUAG